AUGGUUGACCGGCCGAAUUCAGAUGUGCCAGAUCGCCAUCCUCCUCAACCAAAUGCUUCAUUGAUGGAGAAGCCGAAUCCUCCAGACUGGGAGGAUCACGAAAAUGACCGACGUACUAUACCAUCUGCGGCUACGAGGGACCAUCCGACCUCUUCUCAGCCUCAGUCUCGACCAUACUCACCAGAAGCCACCUUGGUGGCACAUCGAAUCAACGUCACCCCCUCAUCAGAUGAGACUGCCGUAGCCACCAACUCUAAGCAUGGCUAUUCUCGCAGCAUGUCGUCCGCAUCGUCGGCCACGGAUACAUCAGAUGAAUCCGCAGGAAGAAGAUCCGACUCCAGGUUUGAACCGCUCAGAGCGGCCUCCGCAGGCGAGGACAAGCGCCUUCGACCGCAAACCAGUACUCGAUCGGAGGACGAGCUGUUCAAUGUCUUGUCCCGUAGAAGAACAAGCGCUUCAGGCAAAUCCGAAGCACAGCUUCGAGAGGAAAAUGACGAAAUAGAGAGGCUCAUGUCGCGGAUGUUCGGCAAAGCUCGACAGGCGCACAGUGAAGAAGAGAGAACUCGUCACAGUGGUGUGAUAUUUCGCGACUUGACCGUGAAGGGCGUCGGAUUGGGUGCAAGCCUUCAGCCAACCGUCGGCGACAUUUUCCUCGGCCUGCCACGGAUGCUCAAAACCCUUUUUACCAAAGGAGCAAAGGCGGCGUUCGGCAAGCCUCCAGUGCGAGAACUCCUGAGCCAUCUGGAUGGUUGUGUCAGGCCCGGGGAGAUGCUAAUGGUCCUUGGGAGACCGGGUUCAGGCUGUUCGACGUUUCUCAAAGCAUUCUGUAAUCAGCGAGAGGGAUUCGAGGCUGUCGAGGGCGAAGUUACCUACGGUGGCACUGACGCAAGGACUAUGAAAAGAGAUUUCCGAGGCGAGGUCAUUUACAAUCCGGAAGAUGACCUUCAUUAUCCCACACUGACGGUCAAACACACUCUUAUGUUUGCCCUGAAGACGCGCACUCCGGGCAAAGAGUCGAGACUAGAAGGAGAAUCCCGCGCAGAUUACAAGAGAGAAUUCUUACGGGUAGUAACAAAACUGUUCUGGAUCGAACACACUCUAGGCACGAAAGUUGGCGACCAAUUUGUUCGAGGAGUCUCCGGCGGGGAAAAGAAACGAGUCAGCAUAGCAGAAGCGAUGAUCACAAGAGCUUCAGUUCAAGGCUGGGAUAAUUCCAGUCGCGGUUUAGAUGCAAGCACGGCACUCGAGUACGUCCAGUGCAUCCGGACCCUCACCAAUAUGGCACAUACUUCCACAGCGGUGUCCUUGUAUCAAGCUGGAGAGUCGUUAUACCAACUUGUGGACAAGGUUCUCUUGAUUCACGAAGGAAAGUGUUUAUACUUCGGGUCAGCAGAUGAGGCGAAACAAUAUUUCAUUGAUCUUGGUUUCGACUGUAAACCACGCUGGACAACGUCAGACUUCUUGACCUCCGUUACUGAUCCGCACGCGAGGUCCGUCAGAGAGGGAUGGAACGAUCGGAUUCCACGAAAUGCAGACGAAUUCGCUGCUCUUUACCGCAAGUCCCGGGCCUACCAACGCAACCUUGAAGAUAUCAGGGAGUUCGAAGCUCAAUUAGAAGAACAGCGGGAAUCUCGUGGGCAGAACAUUGCAAAGGACAAGAAGAAGAAUUAUGCCAUCCCUUUUCACAAGCAGGUGCUAGCAUGCACACAACGGCAAUUCUUGGUCAUGCUAGGUGACCGAGCUUCGUUGGUUGGGAAAUGGGGAGGCAUUGUGUUUCAAGGACUGAUUGUGGGAAGCUUGUUCUUCCAGAUGCCAAAAACAACUGCUGGGGCUUUUCCGCGGGGUGGUGCCAUCUUCUUUGUUCUUCUGUUCAAUGCUCUACUGGCUUUGGCAGAGAUGACCGCCGCAUUCACGUCCAAACCGAUCCUCUUGAAGCAUAAAUCAUUCUCCUUCUACCGCCCCGCGGCAUAUGCUCUUGCACAAACGGUUGUCGACAUCCCAUUGGUGGCUAUCCAGGUCCUACUAUUCAACCUCAUUAUAUACUGGAUGGCUGGGCUCGCCGCUUCUGCUUCUCAAUUCUUCAUCUCUUGUUUCAUAAUCUGGACCGUCACGAUGGUGACUUAUGCUUAUUUCCGUAUGCUCUCUGCCCUCUGCAAGACUCUAGAUGACGCCACUCGAUUUACCGGCGUCUCGAUCCAGAUAUUGGUUGUGUAUACUGGCUAUCUCAUUCCACCCGCUCAGAUGCGUGUUUGGUUUAGCUGGCUCCGACGAAUUAACUGGAUACAAUAUGGAUUCGAAUGUCUCAUGGCCAACGAAUUUACUGGUCUAAUCAUGGAUUGUGUGCCUCCCUUUCUGGUCCCCCAAGGUCCCAGUGCACGGCCUCAAUACCAGUCAUGCACAUUGGCUGGCAGUGAACCGGGUCAAACAACAGUGAAUGGGGCUCGGUACAUUCACCAAGCUUUCGGAUACAGUCGUUCCCAUCUCUGGCGCAAUUUCGGCUUCCUAUGGGCUUUCUUCGCAUUCUUCCUUGCCGUGGCCGCUUUCGGAAUGGAAAAAAUGAAGCCCAACGCAGGUGGUGGCGCUAUUACCGUCUUCAAGCGUGGCCAGGUUCCCAAGCAAGUCGAACAGACGAUUCAAACAGGCGGCCGAGACAAGAAGUCUGAACACGACGAGGAAUCCGGGGGUUCGACCCCAACUGAUAUUGUGGAGAAGAUCAUAUCUCCAGGUAACGAAAGCAACGAGUUAGCGAGCCCGACGAAGGACAACAAUUUGCUGGCACAUGUGGCCAAGAACGAGACAAUAUACACGUUCCGAGACAUCAACUAUACAAUUCCUUACGAGAAGGGCCAACGAAAGCUGCUCCAAAAUGUCCAAGGAUAUGUUCGCCCGGGCAAACUGACCGCCUUGAUGGGCGCCAGUGGUGCUGGGAAGACGACACUAUUGAAUGCCCUUGCUCAGCGCAUCAACUUCGGCACCGUGACCGGCGAAUUUCUUGUCGACGGACGGCCGCUGCCUAAAUCUUUUCAGCGUGCUACCGGGUUUGCUGAGCAGAUGGAUGUUCACGAACCGACCUCCACGGUAAGAGAAGCGCUUCAAUUCUCGGCCUUACUCCGUCAACCGAAGGAAGUACCUGUCCAGGAGAAGUAUGCGUAUUGCGAGACAAUCAUCGAUCUGCUCGAGAUGCGAGACAUCGCGGGAGCAACAAUCGGAACAAUUGGUGAGGGCCUUAACCAAGAACAGAGGAAAAGAUUGACUAUCGGUGUCGAGCUGGCCAGUAAACCUGAGCUUCUUAUGUUCCUGGAUGAACCUACCUCAGGCCUUGAUUCUGGUGCGGCAUUCAACAUCGUGAGAUUUUUGAGAAAACUGGCAGAUGCCGGUCAAGCUAUCCUUUGCACAAUUCAUCAGCCGUCGGCGGUACUCUUUGAACAUUUUGAUGAGCUCAUCUUGCUCAAAUCCGGUGGCCGGGUUGUUUAUCACGGCCCUCUUGGUCAUGAUUCGCAACAGCUCAUCCACUAUUUCGAAGAGAACGGAGCGCGAAAAUGUCCUCCAGAUGCAAAUCCUGCAGAGUACAUGCUUGAAGUGAUUGGCGCGGGCGACCCCAACUACAAAGGCAAAGACUGGGGCGAUGUCUGGGAACACAGCACCAACUAUCAAGCUCGAGCUGACGAGAUAGCCGAGAUGGUCGACCGCAGGAAGACUGUCGAACAUACCAAGAAUGUAAGGGACGACAGAGAGUACGCCAUGCCGCUUGGAACGCAGACUAUGGCGGUGGUCAAGAGGUCGUUUGUUGCGUACUGGCGGACACCCAACUAUAUUCUCGGCAAAUUCAUCCUGCAUAUCAUGACCGGCUUGUUCACAACCUUCACGUUCUACCACCUUGGCUACGCCUCUAUCGACAUGCAAUCGCGUCUCUUUGCUGUUUUCAUGGUGCUCACAAUCUCUCCACCGCUCAUUCAGCAACUGCAACCUGUGUUCAUUCAUUCUCGGAAUAUAUUUCAGUCUCGAGAGAACAACGCCAAGAUCUAUAGCUGGUUUGCUUGGACAACAGGUGCGGUUCUUGCUGAAAUCCCCUACUCCUUGAUCGCUGGGGCUAUCUUCUACUGUUGUUGGUGGUUCGGCAUCGCUGGCUAUCGUUCGUCAACCUCGCCUUUCACCUCAGGAUUCCUGUUGCUGUGUAUACUACUCUUCGAGUUAUACUAUAUCAGCUUCGGGCAGGCUAUUGCUUCAUUCGCGCCUAACGAGUUGCUUGCGAGUUUGUUGGUGCCGAUCUUUUUCCUGUUCGUCGUGAGCUUCUGCGGUGUCGUGGUGCCACCACAACAGUUGCCAUCAUUCUGGCGAAGCUGGAUGUAUUGGCUGACGCCCUUCCACUAUCUUCUCGAGGCUAUGCUAGGGGCAAUCAUUCACAGCCAACCUGUUCGCUGCAACCGUGGAGAAUUUGCUCGAUUCAGUGCACCCCCAGGCUUUACCUGCCGAUCAUAUACUCAACAAUAUAUUACUCAAGCCGGCGGCUAUGUCCAGGUUGGGGCCGAUGGUCUCUGCGAGUUCUGCCAGUACGCGACUGGAGACCAAUUUGGACGCGGGUUUUCUGUAUACUACCUUCACCAUUGGCGCGACUUUGGAAUUUUCAUCGGGUUCAUCGUGUUCAACUUCGCCGUCGUUUAUAUGGUAACGUGUCUAAGGUUCAAGGCAAAAAAUCCAUUCAAGACACUGCUGAUGAAAAGGAAACAAAUGGACGGUUAA